GUCAAAGAAUACAUAACAUAACCUUUAAGUUUCCCAAACAACUUUAAUUUGAGAAAAGAGCAUUUAAUAAUUUUAAAUUUAAUAAUGGAUGUUGAUUUAUUGCGACCGGGGACGGUUCCUAUAAAUCCGGAAACUGUUCUUUGGUUUGAAUUUUUACUUAAUAAGGAACUUUUAUUACAACAUCUUCAAAAACCUAAUCCAGAUCCUUCACCUAUUGAGUUAAUUAAUAAAUUCACAAUCGCCGUUUUUGAAUCGUUUAAAAAUGAAGCUAGGAGAGUUGAAAUGGAAGGUGUCGAAGGAAUUAAUGUUCCACUUAACGAAAACAAUCCUGAUAUUCCUAAUAGGUAUUCGAAAAAAAAUAUAGCAUUGAAAAUAUUAUCACUUAAAGUUGCUGCUUAUAUUAAAUGGAAUAUCGUUUCCUUAAUGGCUCUACCAUUUAAAAUUCAAGUAAGCGUUCUACAAGAUCUUAUAUAUUUCACUCAUAAUCACAUAUCUGUUGAAUUACCAAAUCUAGAAGAACACAAUCCACAUACAAUAUCACCACAACACAAAUUCUCUCUUGUUAUUUAUUAUCGAUGGUUAAUUUGUUUAUCUAUGCGAAGAGUUUUUUGCCAAAUGCCACCACCAAGACCUAAUGGUGAAAUGACAAUGGAAGAAAAUUAUUUUUGUACGGAAGAAAAUAUUCAAAGAUGUAUACAAUUCUUAGUUGAAUCGUUAUCUUGGGAAAAAUCACCACCGAUGUUAAAUUACGAAUGUUUUGUGAUGUUAUCUGAAGAUACAGACGAUAUCGAACACACUUGGGAUCAAGCCGAACAAAUUUCUAAAUACGAAUAUGACGCACAAAUUCAUUAUGAAUUAGGUUGUUUUUUCUUUUACAAAGAAAAUUAUGAUUUGGCUAAAAAUCACUUUAAAAGCGCCAUGGAUUGUUAUCGUUUUGUAAAAACAUCAACUGGUUUUAUGUAUUUUAAUGUUGAAGAAUUACAAGGUUAUUUAAUGGCUUGUCAAGCUUCACCUGAAGAAUCUAAUAAGAAUUUGUUACACUUAUUUAGUAUAUGUGUUGCCAAUCAUUACAUGGGUAUUGUUAAUAUUUUGGUUGAAGAUAAUAAAUAUAGAGAAAUUCCUUUACCCUAUAGAAUCAAUCUUGAACUUGAUAUUCAAAGUGCUUUAUCAAGUGGAAAAUUUACAGUCGCUAGAGAUUUGUUACCAAAAAUUCAUGCUUUAAACACAAUUAGAUGUAUUAUUGACGAAAAAGGAUUACACAAAUACAUGCAUAUCACAGAAAGAAAUCAAGAAUUUUUAAUUUGGGCAGCUGCAGCUGUGUGGGAUUUCUCAAGUGUUUUUGAAAAACAAUCCAUUGCUGCUUAUUUCGCUCAAUUAUCGGUUAGUAAUAAAAUGCCGGAAUUUCUGAAAAAAUUUCGAUCGCAAGAAAUUUUCCGUGAUAUCGCCCAUAAUCCGAUUUUAUUUGAGUUUGAAGAACAUUCUGCUGAUAUUAAAAUUCCUUCAUUGUUGGAGAAUUCAAGUUGGGAUUAUCCAGAAUUAACGUCUAAACGAAACCCAAAAUUAGAAAUACGCGCUUUAGAACAACAAAUAAUAAUGAAUUACGAUCCGAUUAACAUAAGAGACCUCCUGGUUAAAAUAACGAUGAAAAAUUCAAAUCGACCGGUUUGGAAAUUAAAUCCAAAAUGGGAGUUACCAAUUCCUCUACAAAGUGUCAUCGUCAGUUUACAAAGGGGAUUUCUACAAGAUUACGCUUUUAUACUUUUGGCAAAAUCAAGAGAACUAAUAAUCGCAAAAGAUUGGUCAACAUCUCUUCUGUUAUUAAAAGCUUUAGAAUCGGAAAUAAAAGAUUGCAAUUCGGAUACAUCUCAAAUGAAUAAACUCGCCAAGUUAUUAACCUGGGAAAUUUUAUUAGUGGAAGUAACGCAAUUAUUAGAAGAAUGUCCAGCACCACAAAUUGAUAAACAAGCUUUAGCGACCGCUUGUAAAAAUUGUUUGGAAACAAACGAUUCGAUUUUACCCCGAACAGAGGUCAUAGAACAAUGCGUUCUUUGCCUAUUAAAUUUAGGUUAUUGGGACUUUUUAUACGCACUUGAUAAACGCGUCAGUUACUUUGAAUUUGCCAAAGCGAUUAUUUCGGCUUGUCAAGAAUUAAAUAAAUUUAAGGGGGAGAAAGAGAAACGAUUUCCUAAAGAUUUAUGGGAUCUUACAUUACCAGCUUUUAUUUCAUCAUCUUCUUCAUCUCAAACGAAACGUUCAGCGUCCGGUUCUUCGGUUGUCGUACAUCGAGAUUCGCCUAUAAAUAAUACAAAAAAUAUUAUUUUAUCGUUUUUUACGAGAUUAAGAGAUGGAACUGCUUUGAGAGUUGUAAUUUCUUUGUUGGCGAAGCUUCAUAAUAUUUUGAGAGAUGAAGCCCCUUUGGAGUUAAAUACGGAGUAUAUUAAUUUUUGGCCAAGCGUUGUAAGCAAUCCCUUACAAUACAGUAGUGAAACUGUAACGGAAGUUUUAUCUCAAAUUGUUGAACAAGCUUUAAAAUUUUACCCCCAUAAUCUAUCUUGGUUAAGAUUAAUGGGUGAUAUAAAUUUUGCAACGGAAAAAUACGAACACGCUUUAAAUUAUUAUUUAAAAUCAUUAAUAACGGCAUACGAAUACUUCAUAAUUCCAAUUCGUUCGGACGAUUUUCUAUUUCGUCGCAUGAUAAAAAGUAGCGCCUCUUUGGGUUGUUACACGCAAGCGGCUGUUUUAUGCCAGUUUUUAGAAAAUCCAGAUUAUUUGUCGGCGUUUCAUUAUUUAUCCGAACAAAAAUCGUGUAAUGAUGCAGUGGAUGCGUAUUACAAUUAUUUUUGGGAUACAAAUAUAUUAGAAUAUCUAAUACAUACACAUAACAAAAAAGGAGAGUUUCAAAGAAGGAAACGAGCCAUUGAAAGUAUUGGAUUAUUGGAAUUGAACUCGAAUAAUAAUGAAGAAAUUGUAAGAGAGGCGAGUAACUAUAGAAAAACCACGUUUUUAAGAGCUUUAUGUAAACAAUACGUACAUUAAAAUUUAUUUUUAUGGUUGAA